AUGCGCCGAGACGCCACCGCGUCCCACGAUCCUUCGCCAGAUCGCGCGACGCGCUCUCGCUCUCGCGGCCGUGCCAACCUCGCCGGUGCUAACCCGACCCAUACGGCGAGACACAACAACAGAUCCUCGUCCAGAGCCAGCUUUCUCGGCAGAUCGCGUCAGCGCACCUACCAGAUCUACCCCGAUCCUGAUGCGCAGCAGAGGUGGAGAAGCGAGUCGAGAACCGUCCGAGGAAGCUUGGACGACCAGGAUGGCUAUGUCUUCACCGAUGAUGAUAAUGAGGAACCCAUAGAUGGCGAUCAGCACUCGUCUUCCAACAAAGCCAAGCCAGGAGCCCCUGCCCACAAGCUGACGUCGACGGCGGAAGAGGGUUCGGCAUUGCCUUCCAAAGGCACCACGAUCACCGGCAGCUCGGCCGCCACGGCUGCAGCUCUUCCUGACGCUUCAAAGCUCCCACCCUCCUCAGAGCAGCAAGUUGCCGACAAGAGCAAAGAGAAGGAUGUCGAGGCGCAAGCCAAGCCCGCACCCCAACGCGUCUCUCGUCUCUCGCGCAUCCCGUAUCCCAUUGCGCACUUUCUCGGCUACCGCAGCAAGUCGACGGAAAACCGCGCCCUUUUGCGUCCGCUCGAGAAACUGCCACGCAAAGUCGAGACGCUUCUCUGGGCGUGGAUCGGUGCUGCGCUCGGUCUGGGAUUCGUCAUGAUCACCUUUUCGCGCUGGGACCAGUUCGCCAUGUCCACCAACGACCCGAUCACUGCAUGGACCGCACCCAUCGUCAUCGGCUCGUUUGGAGCCUCCAGUGUCAUCCUCUACGGCACGCCCGCGUCCCCGCUCGGUCAACCCAAAGCAUUCAUGGUCGGUCAGUUUCUGUGUGCGCUCGUCUCCGUGUGCAUCACCAAACUCUUUGAGCUCAACCACAACUACAACCCGAACCUCAUCGACACGUCGCACAGCCUCGUCUGGGUUGCCGGCGCCAUUGCCACGGGCACAGCACUGUGCGUCAUGAUCUUGACCGACACCGUCCAUCCGCCCGGCGGCGCAACCGCGCUGUUGGCCGCAACCAGCCCGCCCGUCAUCAAGCUCGGCUGGCACUACCUCCCCGUGGUGCUCCUCUCCAGCGUCAUCAUGGUUGCCUGGGCCAUGCUCUGGAUGAAUCUCGGCCGUGCCAAAUAUCCCGUGUACUGGUUCUGCCCGCCGGGAAGUGCGCACGACCAGAAGCGGUUUCGAGCCAAGCUUCCGGGUCUCAACAGGGGUAAAAGUGCAAGUCAGGGCAAUAGGGACAAGUCGAGAUGA